AUGGAGAACUACCAAAAGCUGGAAAAGAUUGGCGAAGGUACCUACGGUGUUGUCUAUAAAGCUCGAGACCUUGCCAAUGGCGGUCGAAUUGUCGCCCUGAAGAAGAUCCGCCUCGAAGCUGAAGAUGAAGGUGUCCCCAGUACCGCCAUCCGCGAAAUCUCUCUCCUCAAGGAGAUGCGAGAUCCCAACAUUGUUCGUCUGUUCAAUAUCGUCCAUGCCGAUGGUCAUAAGCUGUACCUCGUCUUUGAGUUUCUCGACCUCGAUCUCAAGAAAUACAUGGAGUCUCUCCCCGUGAGCGAUGGCGGUCGAGGCAAGGCCCUGCCCGAGGGUUCAUCCCCUCACUUGCAGCAUCUUGGCCUGGGCGACAUGGUUGUUCGAAAGUUCAUGUUCCAGCUUUGUGACGGUAUCAAGUACUGCCACUCCCACCGUGUUCUCCACCGCGAUCUCAAGCCCCAGAACCUCCUGAUCGACAAGGAGGGUAACCUCAAGCUCGCUGAUUUCGGUCUUGCCCGUGCCUUUGGCGUGCCUCUGCGCACCUACACCCACGAAGUCGUUACCCUGUGGUACCGAGCCCCUGAAAUUCUCUUAGGAGGGCGUCAAUACUCGACUGGUGUCGAUAUGUGGUCCGUUGGCUGUAUCUUUGCCGAAAUGUGUACAAGAAAGCCCCUCUUCCCCGGUGACUCUGAAAUCGAUGAGAUCUUCAAGAUCUUCCGCAUCCUCGGCACCCCCACUGAAGAGAACUGGCCUGGCGUCACUUCCUACCCUGACUUCAAGGCAUCCUUCCCCAAGUGGCAGCGCGACUACAGCAAGGACCUUUGCAAGGACCUCGAUGCCCAUGGACUUGAAUUGCUUGAGAUGCUGUUGGUGUACGACCCUGCUGGGCGUAUUUCAGCCAAGGCUGCCUACAAUCACCCCUACUUCGAACCUCUCCUAGCACAAGAGCAAGCAUCCGCUCAGGCAAAUGGAUACUAUCACUAG